AUGAAAAACUAUCAAAAAAGUAAAACGCUCUUUCCAUUAGCUGAGCGGGGCGGAGCUUGUACACACUCAACAGAAACCACUCAAAUUUAUACUCACUAACAAUCGGAACGCUGCAACAGAUGUUUUCCCGAAUAGGGCGUUCACAUGCAGCAAGAUUCACCACCACUACUGCGACUAACACCGCCGCCGUCACUGUGCACAUGAGCGUUACACUUUCUAGCAUGAAUGACUGGGUGAGUUUAGCAGCAGCGCUCAGCAUCCGCUCAGUAGCACUUUGUUUGUCAUUAGCAGACACCCAGCCACUGUGCAACUCAAUUAGAUUAACGCCGCACAACAAAUCCGAGUGACACAACAUCCGACCCAUAAGAUACAGCAGGCAGAGCGUCGAAAUCCCUGUAACCCUCUGCCUUAGAGUAUGAAGUUACGAGUCUAACGUGCCACAGCACGCUCCGCCGUCCCUUCGUGGAUGUCCGCGUUGGUGUUUGAGUGAGUCUGGCUGGGGUGCGUGGCAAACAUCUGAAGCUAAAUACACGCACCGCGGAUGCGGAUACGCUGCGAAAUCAGUAACAGUCGAUUGGCUGCUAUCUGAGUUACAAGUACUUAAACGACGCGACGCGGACCGAAAUUAAAGAUCUCGAUCGCUCGUCGCUCAUAAGCAGUUAAAUACUUCCGCUGUUUGGUCGAUUGGAUUUACGCGUUUUGUUGACCAUUGUCGCCCCCCGCAGCAUACAAAUUAAUAGUGUCGGUCGCAAGUAAUAAAAGUGUUUGCAAGGCGUCCGCGAGCGCCAUUACAACAAGUGAAGGCGUUGUGUAAGGAACCCGAUUUUGAACUUUGAACUGUUUAGUUAAGACUAAAAAAUAUUGUGCAUCUAAACAUCGUGUGUGUUAUGUGCUAAAGAGACCAAAUAAAAAUUUAUCUAUAACUGAAAAUUAAUAAAAUCAAGUGAAAUAAUUUCAAAGUGUCUCCAAAUCUCUCCGGCAAAAUGGUGAUGCUCCAGUCACCUGCAAAAAGUGCCGAAGCUUUGCAAGCGAAUACCGUCGGUGACCAGCUGAGUCCGAAUUCCAACCCUGAUUCACCCAAAUCGAAUACAUCACCCGAGAUCGCAUGCACUAACGCCGUCGGUGCCGUCACACCGACAUCUACAACUGCGGGAGCCUCGUCGACACCAAAAAUACCAAAAUUCAUUAUUAGCCAGCAAUCCCUACCAGCUACUGGUGGGAUAGCCGGUAACAGUGGAUCCAUGACAUCUGCCGGCAAAAUACCCAAUGCAAAUGGCGAUAGUCUACGCUAUUCGCUGGAGCGUCUCAAGCAAAUGACGGAACUAAAUGUGGUGAAUAGCUUGAGUCCUACUGCAGCAGCCAGUGAUUCAUCUGAACAUGCUGAUAUAGAAAAAUGCACAAAUAAUAACAAUAAUAAUAGUAGUAGUGUUAGCAACAACAAUACUAACGGUAAUGGCCCUAACGGUAGCAGCAACGAGACCAACAGUCGUCGCUCGCUUUCACCGCCACCAACUACAUACCAUAGUCCGCCGUUACGUAAAGCACUCGAUUUUAAUGACGUAUCAUGCCAACUUCAGCGUCCUGAGCCAUUGCCCCAUCCACAUGCAGUUUUGUUGCAACAACACCCACAUUUGUUGCAAAAUCCACAAUUUCUAGCCGCUGCCGCUGCGCAACACCACCAUCAACACCAGCAUCAGCACCACCAACACCACCAUCUCCAUCAACAAUCACCAGGAAAUCACACGCAUUCACAUCCCCAUCAUCCAUUAGCGGAUUUUCAUCCACUACGUCCACCAUUAUCAAAUAUGGUCGGUUUGCCGACGUCAAUACCAGCUAUUUCGAAUUUGCAACGUCUUCCUUCACCAGCCAGUUCACCGUUAUCGCCACCUACAUCACCGCUUCAACCGCAUUCCGAACAGUCACAACUGCUCUCACCCGUGCAACCGCAACAUCAGCACCAGCAACAACAACAACAUUCUGCACAACAAACUUCCAGUUCAGCCUGCGUUUCGUCAGUCAAUGGGAGCAGCUCACUUUCCUCACAGCAACAACAACAACAUCACCUACUGUCAACACCACCCUCAUCAAUGCUGCUCAGUGGUCCGCAUACUGUACCACACACCGCCCAAUUGGCCAGCUGUAGUCCCCCAUCAGUACUAACAACGCCACAUGACAUGGAUCUGGAAAGGAUUAAACUGGUUGCUGCACAAGCUGUAGCUGCUCGCUCCACGGUGGGUUUGAGCUCAGCUGCUUCCACGUCGAGUACCUCUUCCGCCGUCACUGCUGCCUCAAUGGCUGCCGCAGCGACUGGCCUGUGUUUGCCGCCACCGAAUUCUCGUGCGGAUCUUAGUGAUUAUGGCUUUCGAAUACAAUUGGGUGGUCUGGCGGCGGCAGCAGCUGCAGCUGCGGCCACAUCACGCCAAAUCGCGGCGGCGAAUUAUGCACGCAGUGAUACCAGCGAGGAGCUGAAUGUGGAUGGUAAUGACGAAGAUAGCAAUGAUGGAUCACAUGGCACGCCAACGGCCUGUCCGGUUGAUCUCACACGAUCAGUACCAACAUCGGCCUCAACGGCGUCCUCGGCGACAAAUGCUUCAAUGGAGAAGGAGGCAACCAAACGUUUAGCGUUCUCGGUAGAGAAUAUUUUGGACCCCAAUAAAUUUACUGGCAGAACUGGAUCACUUGGUCAUUAUGACGGUCGCGGUUGGGGUUCGAGUAGCAGUAAUGCGGAUCGUGAUGAUGAGAUGCACGACGAUGAUCACAGUGAAGACAUGUCAGCUCACGACCUCAAUGACAUGGAUCAGGAUGACAUGUGUGAUGAUGGCAUGAGCAGUGACAUUGAUGAUCCGGCCAGUGAGACGGACUCAAAGAAGGGUGGCAGUCGCAAUGGUGAUGGCAAGUCACAGGGCGGCAGCGGUGGCGGUUCAAAGCCACGACGUGCUCGCACCGCCUUCACAUAUGAGCAACUGGUGUCGCUGGAGAACAAAUUCAAAACGACCCGUUAUUUGAGCGUUUGCGAGCGAUUGAAUUUAGCGCUGAGCCUCAGCCUAACCGAAACACAGGUGAAAAUCUGGUUCCAAAAUCGCCGCACCAAGUGGAAGAAACAGAAUCCCGGUAUGGAUGUAAAUAGUCCGACGAUACCACCGCCACCGGCGGGAGGCGGUUUCGGACCUGGUGCCUAUGCUAGCAGCCUGCUCUACUCGCACGCGGUGCCCUAUCCACCAUACGGCCCCUACUUCCAUCCAUUGGGCGCACACCAUCUCAGUCACUCGCACUCAUAAAAUUGCAAGAUGCAACAGCGACUGUUGCAAAUAUUAGAAAUGCGAAAGUAUCAAAAGCGCGACGAACACUCGACGAAGAUGGCCGGCACUGAAAGUAGAUUGGACAAAUAAAAUCCAACUCUGGCAGCACUGGAUGGCUGGAGUAGUGAACUUAACGGUUUGAGUCGACUCAUUGUAAAAUGUGAUCUCAUCAAAGUGGUGGAGCAGCGCUACAAAUACAAAUAAAUGUACAAUUAUGCUUAGAUUUGCUUUGCUAAAUAGUUAUGCCUAUUACCACAAAUAAAAUCAAAGUGAUGCAAAGCAAAUACACAUGAAAACUUUAUUGGGCUUUCAAUUAUGCACUCUCAGACACGCAACCGUGUAUUGUAAAUAUGUAUGCAACCGAAUAUUGUUGAAAUAUUAAUUUCAUGCUGAAUUUUGAUUUUUUUUACCGAGGUCAUUGAUUAAAAAUUUAAUGCUGCUUUUAUUUGUUGAAUUAGAAAUGUGAAGUUGAAUUGUGACCAUUGUAAAUAUAUAAUAGAGAGUAUAUAGACAUGUAUUUAUGCUUAGGUAAUCCUAAUUAUUGUAGAUAUGUAAAGAUUUUAAUUGUACUUAGCUUUUAGUGAAAGACUCUGCUUUUAUCUCUAAGCUUGCAAAACAAAUUCAAAUGAGAAUAUCAAUUAAAGAGAAUGCCAGAGACAAAUUUAAAAAAGAAGCCAAAUAAAAUCAAAAUUAAAAUUAUUAUUAACAU